AUGCGGCCAACACUUCGUGUGCUCGCCCGCUACCUCGAGCCGGGCACGCCCACCGGCCUGACUGGCCUGUGGACGCACGGCACGCCUCGGUCCACCCUGCUCUACCUCUACGGCAGCACCCUCAACAAGCUGCAAGCGAUCCCCGAGACGUCGCUGUACCGCCAGUCCGUCGAGGCCGUCACCAAGCACCGCAUGGGCCUCGUCGAGCAGACAGUACCCCCGGGAUACAACGAGUGGGCCGCCAAGGCUCGCGAGCUGGUCAGCAAGAACGCCGAGCAGUUCCGCGUCGCCAGCGGGCGCGUGGACGGCAGCGAGGCGCGGACCGUCAGGCUCGGUGACCGCAUCUUCGUCGUCGGCGCCAAGCACGAGGAGGGCGACGUGCGAACCGAGGAGUGGAACGGCGAGGAGGACGAGGGCGGCGAGCUCGAGGGCAUCCGCACCCCCGAGGAGAGGAAAGACCAGGUCAUAUGGGCUGAGCGCAAGCCCCUGGAGGACCACGAGAAGGUCGAGUGGGAAGACGAGCCCCAGUUGACGGCUGAGCAGAUCCAUGAAUUGGAGCAAAAGAUUGGCGCCGGCCUCAUCGAGGAGGUCAUUCAGGUGGCCGAGAGCGAGCUUACGCUGAUUGACACGAUGGAAAAGUCCAAGGUCUGGGAGGACCUGGAAGAGAGGCCCGUCGAGGGCCAGUGGGAGUACUUUGACCGAAAGUCCAUGUAA